AUGUCAACUGCGUCUGAAGGCAUAGAAAACAGGGCAAGCAGAACACAACCUAUUUCUCGAUGGAUUGGCAAAUUACCUGCUGACAUUCACUUGCUUAUUCUUAACCACCUCCCCAUCCCCGACAUCCCUGCCUAUGCUCGAGCAUCAAGGGCAACCGCUGGUCUAUCUCGCGAUGAGAAAGUAUGGGAACGAAGGUGGAAUGAUUUAGCUAUCACUCGGCACGCCCUGGAUGACACAUUAGACGACAUUGAAUCCAAGCAAAAGCCAAAGGCUAGCACAUAUUCGCCUCCUACGAUACCUGUAGAUGAUGAUUUUGGAGAUUUCACGUCUGCCCCGCGCACGCCAUCUGUGCCAUCUCUCUCUGCUGCAUUUACAUCAUUCGCGUUCACAGAUGCAUCUCCAGGAAAGCAGACAUUCCGCACCCGGUAUACACGCGCUCAUUCAAUUCUAAACAAAUGCCUAGCUCCUCUGCAGCAGCCUCCCCAUGCGGUCCUUUCCGCGCUUACACCUCUCAUAGGCACAUCUCUGUUGUCUCAGGCUCGUUCUCUCCGCUUACUCAGCUUCUUCCUCUCCCCCCGCGUCCAACCCGUAAGAAAUUGGGACAUUAUUCUCGCCGCUCUAAAGGCUGCUAUAGAUCGCUUUGACGUAUCACUUCUGACUGCUUUUGAUACUGCUGAUUCUCGUGGAGACGAAGUGAUGAUGAGACAGGCUGCUCAUGCCAGCUGGGAGGUGUGGCCUGGGUUUGGGGAUUGGGAAAUGGGCAAGGUAUGGGCUGAGAAGCGAGAGAUAUUGUAUGAGCAAGGUCGUUGGAAUCCGCUAGCUAAUUUCACAGAGGAAAAUACCCUUGACUUUACACCUAUGGAUGAAUUUAUGGCUAGCGUCAUAGGUGCGCUGGAGGAACAUGGCAAGAGGGCUGUGUUCGUCUUUCCGCCAGCUGCCGGAGUCCUCAUCGGGUUCGCAGAACGUGUUGCCAACGAAGUUGUUGGCGAAUACAUAGCCCCGCUGCUAACGCGUGCCAGAGAGAUAUCGAAUGCUCUCUAUCUCACCGCAGUGGCUGCCAGCUUCAGGGAAUCAUGGAGGAUUGUGGAUGUUCUUACUACCUUGUCUAGUAAUUUCAGCGACAAAGGUAAAGACAAGGCAGAAGAUGUCGUAUUCAUGAUGUUUGAACCAAACAUGGACGAAUACCUUGACGAGGAAAUAGAAUCAUUAAAACAGGCAUUCGAGGUAAUAUGCAAAGAGUGGGCCCGAUCGACAUUAGCGCUUGCAUCACACGGUUCACCCACGCAAGCACAACAGACCCGCUUCCUUACUGCGCAGAACCCGGCUCUCAUGAAGCGUACCGUUCUAGCGUCAUUCACUGACGUACUCCUAUUGCCCGUGACCAUAGUCCCACGUACCGUCGGUGCCGGAGUGGUAGCUGUAGGGGGAGCUGUAGGGGGAGCUGUUGGCGCGGUCGGCACAGGUAUGGUCCAAGGCAUUGCGAUGCUUAAUCCACAGCGGUGGGUCGGUGGCACGGGAUCAGUGAACAACGCAAAAGAAUAUACCAGCUUCGGCCUCGGUGACGCCGAAGGAGAAGCCGCUAUCUUUGAGAUUGGUGCUGAUGAAGAGGGAGGAAAUCUUGAUCUCCUCUUAUCCCUUGAUGUUGCUCUCCAAUUGAUUCACGCCGACCGUGAUGCACUCAAACGCUUGGAAACCUUUGCGUCGUACCCCGGUCAUUAUGGAAUAAGGGUGAGAGAAACGAUCGAAGAAGCAUUCUGCGAGAUGCUAGGAGUAUUGUGUAACAGGCAUCUAGAGAAAGGUUUUGGAAUAGCAACAGAGCGGAUGAAUUCAUACAAACCAUCAGAACACGAAGAAACUGCCAGUGUGGCGCCGCUGCUGCAAUUUUUCGAGCUCGUCCACAUAGGGGAUACGAUUCAAAGCAUGGUACAAGUAUUCUUUGACAAAGAACUGGCUCCAUACAUCGACAAAACGGACUUCCUGAAUGUGGUCGUGAGAGAGAAGAAACGCUUUGAAAAUACACUCGAUGACUGUGUUGCUGCAGGGCUUAAUGCUGGAACACAGGUGCUAAUGAAUCAGGUUGAGCACGUCAUCCUGACAUUGACAAAACCACGGGAAUAUUAUCCACCAGAAGAUGCUCCACUAGAAUUGGGUCCCACUCGGGGCUGUACGGAAGCUAUCCGAUGCCUAGAUAUGCAUUGUAAGCUUCUCAAGGGCAGCACGAGCAAGGAGGUACUUGAAGUGUUCUACCAAGAGGUUGGAAUCCGGUUAUUGGGUAUACUGCAGAAGCAUAUCAAGCGCCAGAUCAUCUCUCUGAAUGGCGGUUUCCAAGUCAUUGCCGACCUCAAUGCUUAUUACUCCUUUAUAGCCUCUCUCAAGGCCGGUCCAUCUCCGCUGAUUUCAAUCGUACCUAAUAUCACUGCAGAUUUCUCGCAUUUGAAGAUGUUGGGACAUGUCUUUGUCGUGGAAGACGCAAAAGAUCUGGCACAGAUCGUGAGAGAUGUGACAAGAUAUGGUGGAGCAUAUCGACCCGAGGAUAUUUAUGAAUUUAUUCAACGACGCGCUGAUUGGAAAAAGAUUGAGAAGACGGUAGACAAGACGAUGUAUAGUUUGAGCUUCAAGGAAGAUUGUAUUGUUUGCUGA